ACUUCUUUUUCUGAAAUAAAAUAAUAUUCCUCACCAGACUGUUAUUCUCUUCUUCGUGUAGAGGGCUAGAGGCGCACCCCAUCUAUUUAAAAUGAGAAAAGAAAAUAACGCUCAUAUUUUUAUUUAUUUUUUUGCUUACUUAAAACUAUUUAUGUUGGCUACACAUAAUUAGUUAUCAGCUUGUGUUUUCUUUUGUUUUUAUUCCCUUUUUUUCCUACUAAUAAAUGAUUAAUGCUUAUUUUGCUGGAGGCGUUAUGUUUGCCUUCCCAAACAUGCUGAGAUCAACGUUCACACCUAUAUUCACGGCCUUUCCGUCUAAGGCCAAACCUCGCACAAUUAUCACUGCAAUAUCAAAAACCCCACAAACUGUUCGACAAAAUGACGCAAUAGAAAAUACAUUCCUGCAACAGCCAACUUCAGCUUACGUUCACCUCCCAUUCUGCCGAAAACGCUGCCACUACUGUGACUUCCCUAUCGUCGCUCUCGGCUCAGCUUCACCUCAAGCUGAUGACGACCCGCGAAUUCUUAACUACAUUGAUAUUCUCUGCAGAGAAAUUAAAGCCACCCCAACACCUUCCAACCACAAGUCACCUCUUGAAACUGUCUUUUUUGGUGGAGGGACACCUUCACUUGUGCCACCAAGAUUAGUAUCCGUAAUCCUGGACACACUGGACUCUAAAUUUGGUGUAUGUUCUGAUGCUGAAAUUUCAAUAGAAAUGGACCCUGGUACAUUUGAUGCUGCAAAGUUGAAAGAUUUGAUGAAGUUGGGUGUUAAUAGAGUUUCUCUAGGAGUUCAGGCAUUCCAGGAGGAAUUGCUUAAGAGUUGUGGGAGAGCUCAUGGCGUACAGGAAAUUCAUGAGGCUAUUGACAUUGUUGGAUCAUGUGGUGUUGAGAAUUGGAGUGUGGACCUUAUAUCUUCACUCCCUCAUCAGAAGCCACAUAUGUGGGAAGAAAGCUUGAGCCUCACCAUUCAAGCAAAGCCUACACAUGUCUCAGUUUAUGAUUUACAAGUUGAACAAGAUACAAAGUUUGGAUCUUUGUAUACUGCUGGAGAAUUCCCUCUGCCUUCUGAAAAUCAAUCUGCUGAGUUUUACAAAAUGGCCUCUGAAAUGCUAAGAAAUGCUGGUUAUGAGCACUAUGAGAUAAGUAGCUACUGCAAAAGUGGUUAUCAAUGCAAGCACAAUUAUACAUACUGGAUAAACAAAUCUUUUUACGCUUUUGGACUGGGGUCAGCCAGUUAUCUUAAUGGAGUAAGGUUUUCAAGGCCAAGGAAGCUGAAAGAUUACAUGGGUUAUGUGCAAAAUUUGGAGAAUGGACUAGUGAAUUGUUGCCAGGACAGUAAAGUAGACGCUCAAGACAUAGCGACAGAUGUUGUUAUGCUGUCUCUGAGAACUGCUAGAGGGUUAGAUUUGAAGUCAUUUAGCAAAGCUUUUGGAAGCUCAAAUGUUCUUUCCCUUUGUGAGGUCUACAAGCCUCAUAUUGAGAGUGGGCAUGUUGAAUGUUUGGAUGAGCAGAGUAGGAAAAUCGACGCAGAAGAAUUCAGAUCUUUGUUAUCUGAAGGGGACAAGGUUAAUGAGGUAUUGGCAUAUAUCAGGCUUAGCGACCCUGAUGGUUUCCUAUUAUCUAAUGAGUUAAUAUCCCUCGCGUUCAAUGUGUUAGCUCCAUAAAUUUCAGCCUGGAUGGUUCAGAUGAGACUGCUUGGAGCUGCUUUGUUAGCAUUGCUGGCUGUUUAGGCAUGAGAUUGCCAAUACUUUGAUGCCAUCGGGUGGUUUGUGCGUGGAAGAUCUACAAGGACGUGUGAACUGGUGGAACCCUUAAUAGAGCAAAGACAGGCGUGUAUGUAAUAUACUGCUGGAUAAGCAUAUAAUUAUUGGGAGAGAGCAGAAGGUUUUGUUAGCAAGCAUACUUAGUCAAAAGCAGCAGUAAAUGUAACUUGGGUAUAUGACCCUCACUGUUUAAUCAAAAUCCUUUUUUUAUGAGUCAAGAUUUCAUUCAUAAAUACCGACUUGGAGUCCGAAAAUUUGUAUGAAUUCUGUAUGAGCUCAUCCAUAGUUGUCUAUUACGCUUUUCUUGCUAUCAACACACAUGACAUUCUUUCCUUACAAUGGAAAUACAAGUGAAUGAUAGAGGUUUUUAAUGUUUCCUAUAUCAUUAUCAUUAGUUUGAAUCGAUCUCUUAUUUCUUCAUUCCAUCAAAUGAGGCAUAGAGAUGGCAUCUUCCAGGUUGUCUUUCUUUUUACUGCCAGUCCUACAUAAUCUAUACCUUACGGUGCUUUUGCCACUGUUCUCAGUAACACAACCGUAGGUUAGACAACGAGAAUAUAAGAAUCCACCAUUGCAAAGCCAAUCUGCUACACAACAAGAGAUGAUUAUUUUCCUUUACAGAUUUUUCUCACAGGCUUGCACCGUUGGCAAGGUUAAUAGCUGUGCUGAUUGCUGUCACAUCGCUAAUUAGGAACGUUACUGCACUCUACCACCCCUGCCCUAAAAUAAAACUUCCUUUGAUUCAUACUCCUUGUCUGUAUAAGAUAAUAAUGCAGCUUCCUGUUUGGCUCCAAAAAACAAGAAAAGAAAUUAAAAGGAAUACAGAUUGACCACCUUGUCUUUCCAUUCGCUAACACGCACUUCCACGAGCUUACCACUUCCCAGUCAUAACUACACAAGUUUGUCCAAGACACCCCAAAAGUAAACUUUAGAUUACCCAAAGAAACAUACAACAUGAAGAAUUCACGUUCCCCCCAAUGUAAAAUUGAUAAAGAGAAAACUGGUCUUCCCAUGAAAACUGUUGUAUGGAUCUGUGAGAAGUGAUACAACAGAGAGUAAAGAAUUUAGCUUCUGCUUGAAUGAGAUCAUCUUAUCCAGGCAGACGACUUAAAUGCAAGAUGCAUUAUACCAUGCUGACGGAGGAUAUGUCUUGUCUUCUACAUCAGAACUCUGAUCAUCCAGCAACAGUAAAUGAUUUGUUGCCAAGAGAUGUCUACAGCAGGACAAGAAGAUGCACAAUGUUAAUCCAUCUCCAUCCCUUCAUGAUGCUAAUGUUUCAGCUUAC